AUGCCAAUCGUUGGUUUCGGUACCAGUUAUGCAACAGAACAGUCAAUUAGGGACGCAUUGGACGCCGGGUACAGACAUUUUGAUACAUCACUUGAAUACAUGGAUAAGAAUCAGACAAAUCAAAUGGAGAAAGUUAUGGGAAAAAUAUUGAAAGACGGGAUCAUUAGUGGAAAAAUUAAGAGAGAAGAGUUGUUUAUAGUCAGCAAAUUAGAGGAAUGGGAUCACCAGAGAGCUAGAGUUCCCAUUGCUAUUACACAGUCUUUGAAAAAUCUUGGACUCGACUAUUUGGAUCUGUAUCUCAUUCACGGACCCAAGUCUACUGAACCCGAAAAUGUGAGUCUAGUCGAGACUUGGAUGGGAAUGAAUGAUGUGCUAGAAUCAGGACUAACCAAAUCUAUAGGUGUUUCUAAUUUUAAUAAAAUACAAAUUGAGUGUAUUUUGGGCACAGGUGUGGUUCCAGUUACUAAUCAACUUAUAUCUAAUCCAUACUGGACUCAGAAACCAAUAUUAGCAUAUUUACAAAGUUAUAAUAUAACACUGACUGCUUUCUCACCACUGGGUGGGGGUGGCAUAGAUGAUCCACAUGUUGUAGACGAUGAUAAAAUCAUUGAAAUAGCUAUUUCCCAUAGGGCACAACAUAUCUUAUCGUAA